GCCGUGUAGUGGCAACAGCGUGGUUGCGUCGGGGGUGCUUGGGAGCCGGGAAUCCCGGGGGCCUGAAAUCGGCAGCUCCCCGGGCAGACACACUCUCCCUGUGGAAGAGGCGCUGCCGAAUCGGCGCGGGGCAGCGUGAGCGUCCCGAGGGGCUUCCUCAGCUGAGGAGAGGUGGGGUUACAGGGCACAGGUGACGGGGCCGGAGAAAGAUGGAGCAGCCCGGGGCGGCGGCGUCGGGAGCGGGAGGCGGCAGCGAGGAACCCGGUGGGGGCCGGAGCAACAAGCGGAGCGCUGGGAACCGGGCCGCCAACGAAGAGGAAACGAAAAACAAACCCAAAUUGAACAUUCAAAUAAAAACUUUGGCAGAUGAUGUGCGUGACCGAAUUACAAGUUUUAGAAAAUCUACUGUCAAAAAAGAAAAACCUCUUAUUCAACAUCCUAUUGAUUCUCAAGUCGCGAUGAGUGAGUUUCCUGCAGCUCAGCCAUUAUAUGAUGAACGAUCCAUGAAUUUGUCAGAAAAGGAAGUACUGGAUCUCUUUGAAAAAAUGAUGGAGGAUAUGAACCUUAACGAAGAAAAAAAAGCUCCUUUACGAAACAAAGAUUUUACCACCAAGCGUGAGAUGGUUGUCCAGUAUAUUUCUGCCACUGCCAAAUCUAUAGUUGGAAGUAAAGUUACGGGUGGGCUGAAAAACAGCAAACAUGAGUGCACCCUGUCUUCACAAGAAUAUGUUCAUGAAUUGCGAUCUGGCAUUUCAGAUGAGAAACUUCUUAACUGCCUAGAAUCCCUGAGGGUUUCUUUAACCAGCAAUCCUGUCAGCUGGGUUAACAACUUUGGCCACGAAGGUCUUGGACUCUUACUGGAUAUGCUGGAAAAGCUUCUGGACAAAAAACAGCAAGAAAAUAUCGACAAGAAGAAUCAGUAUAAACUUAUUCAGUGCCUCAAAGCAUUUAUGAAUAAUAAGGUGGCCUGCAUGCAGUUUAUAAAUGCCCUUGUCACUUCUCCUUAUGAGCUUGAUUUCCGAAUACAUUUAAGGAAUGAAUUUCUCCGUUCAGGACUAAAAUCGAUGUUACCAGAUCUAAAAGAAAAAGAGAAUGAUGAGCUUGAUAUUCAGUUGAAAGUAUUUGAUGAGAACAAAGAGGACGACCUAACUGAAUUAUCACACCGUCUCAAUGACAUUCGUGCAGAAAUGGAUGAUAUGAAUGAAGUGUACCAUCUUCUGUAUAAUAUGUUGAAGGACACUGCUGCUGAAAAUUAUUUAUUAUCCAUUCUACAACAUUUUUUACUCAUCAGAAAUGAUUAUUAUAUCAGGCCACAGUAUUAUAAAAUAAUCGAGGAGUGUGUUUCACAGAUAGUGCUGCACUGCAGUGGUAUGGAUCCAGACUUCAAGUAUAGGCAAAGAUUAGACAUUGAUUUCACUCAUCUGAUAGUAUUAACCAUACAUUUAUGGUGGUGCUCGUUGCAGUUCGAUGAAGAAUUCACAGCUCGACAGGAAGCUCAAGCUGAGCUUCAAAAAAGAGAAGAAAAAAUCAAAGAACUUGAAACAGAAAUCCAGCAACUUCGAACCCAGGGACAUGGACUCUCAGCUUCAUCAGGAAAUCUAGGUCCUCCUCCACCACCUUCAUUGCCAGGAGCUGGCCUGUCUCCACCACCACCUCCACCACCACCACCUCUACCUGGAGUAAUUGCUCCUCCUCCCCCGCCUCCUUUACCUGAAAUGACUGGGAUACCACCACCACCACCACCACCUUUGUUUGGGGGGCCCCCUCCACCACCGCCCCUUGGAGGAAUUCCUCUUCCCCCAGGAACAUCAUUUGAUCUACCUUAUGGAAUGAAGCAGAAAAAAUUAUACAAACCUGAAGUGUCCAUGAAGAGAAUCAAUUGGUCAAAGAUUGAGCCCAAAGAAUUAUCUGAGAACUGUUUCUGGUUAAAGGUUAAAGAAGACAAGUUUGAGAAUCCAGAUCUCUUUGCAAAGUUGGCAUUGAAUUUUGCUACCCAGAUAAAAGUUCAAAAGAAUGCACAAGCUUCAGAAGAAAAGAAGACAGUGCCUGCAAAGAAAAAAGUGAAAGAAUUGAGAGUUUUGGAUCCCAAAACAGCCCAAAAUCUGUCUAUCUUUCUGGGAUCAUAUCGCAUGCCAUACGAAGAUAUAAAAAACAUUAUUCUGGAAGUUAAUGAAGACAUACUGAGUGAGGCCUUAAUUCAGAACCUUGUAAAACAUCUUCCUGAGCAGAAGGUACUCAAUGAAUUAGCACAGCUUAAAAGUGAAUAUGAUGAUCUCUGUGAGCCGGAACAGUUUGGAGUUGUGAUCAGCUCAGUGAAAAUGUUACGGCCUCGUCUCAAUAGCAUUCUUUUCAAGCUCAUGUUUGAAGAACAUGUAAACAACAUCAAACCAAGCAUCAUAGCAGUAACUCUUGCCUGUGAAGAACUGAAGAAAAGUGAAAGCUUUAACAGACUUUUAGAAUUAGUUCUUUUGGUUGGAAACUACAUGAACUCAGGCUCAAGAAAUGCCCAGUCUUUGGGUUUUAAGAUCAAUUUCCUUUGCAAGAUCAGAGACACUAAAUCUGCAGAUCAAAAAACAACACUUUUGCAUUUUAUUGCUGAAAUUUGUGAGGAAAAAUACCGAGAUAUCCUGAAAUUUCCUGAAGAACUGGAACAUGUAGAAAGUGCAAGCAAAGUUUCAGCUCAAAUUCUCAAGAGCAACCUUGCAGCAAUGGAACAACAAAUUGUUAAUUUGGAACGUGACAUCAAGAAAUUCCCCCAAGCAGAAAAUCAACACGAUAAGUUUGUGGAAAAGAUGACGAGCUUCACAAAGAGUGCCAGAGACCAGUAUGAAAAACUGUUGACCAUGCACAACAACAUGAUAAAGCUCUAUGAGAAUCUUGGAGAAUACUUCAUUUUUGACUCUAAGACAGUGAGCAUAGAAGAGUUUUUUGGUGAUCUCAGCAACUUCCGAACUCUAUUUUUGGAAGCAGUGAAAGAAAACAAUAAGAGAAGAGAAAUAGAAGAGAAGACCAGGAGGGCAAAGCUUGCAAAAGAGAAAGCUGAACAAGAGAAGUCUCAAAAAAAAAAAAAAAAAAAAGUGCUCGUGGACUGCAAUACAAAGGGUGAUGAGACUGGUGUGAUGGAUAAUCUUCUAGAAGCCCUACAAUCAGGUGCAGCAUUCCGAGACCGCAGAAAGCGAAUUCCAAGGAAUCCAGAUAACAGACGAGUACCUCUGGAAAGGUCACGCUCUCGCCACAAUGGAGGUAUCUCAUCUAAGUGAUUCCUGAUGCCAAAGAAUAUGAAAAUAUUUAAGUAAACAAAAUCAUACAUUUCGAGAAGAACAAAACAUGCAUCAAGGGAUGGAGAGAAAAUAAGUGCAUUCCUGCAAAGAUCAAGCUAAGCUGGGAAGUCGUGUGCAUUUAUAAAACUAUUACAAGACUCCUCCCGCAAUACUAAUUUGGACAGAGUUUUCAGGAUUAUAAACCAUCCUGUGUUCCAUUUUCGUGUAAAGAUGUGUAUUAUUUGUUAUUGUGUGUGACCUGACUGUGAUGAUGAAAGCGUAAGAAAUUGAAGAGUCAGAGCUUUUAAAAACAUUCAGUCUGUCAAAAAAAUUUAAAAUCUUACAUUUGUAGGUCACCC